CCAACAGCACUUGCAACAGAAACAACAGCAAUAAGAAGACGGUCACGAGACGAGAAUAUAAAAACGAAAACUCUGGUAAGCAAACAAAAGAGUCAUAGUGCAACAUCUGCUCCUUGGCAAACAAUCAGUACAACGCCAGUCAGUAUCCGAAGAAGAACAACGAAUAGAGGAAACAACUUUAUAUUUUAAAAAAUAUAAAAAUAAUAUAAAAGAAAAAAAUAAAUAAAGUAAAAAUCUUAAACAAAAGUAAGCAAAAGAAAUAACCAAAUCAUACAUAAAUUAUAACAGACGUUGCAAAAAACGUGAAAAUUAUUUCGAAAAGGUCUUGAGAAAAAAAAGUAUACACACUAUUAAAAAAUUUAAAAAUUUUUUGUUUAUAAGCAAAAAAAAAAUUAAGGAAACUUAAGAAAAAAAUUUGGUGAGAAAAUUUAAAAAUAAAUUAAAACUAUUUUAAGGUGGCUUAAGGAAAUAAAAAAAUUUUAAAAUCUGUAAAGUUUUAUUAAAAAAAAAAUUAUAAAACAUAUGUAACAAACGCCAUUUUGACCAGAGAAUAUAUAUAAAAAAAAAACUUAUUGAUUUCUCAGCAUCAACAACAAAACUAACAGCUAAAGCAGCCGCCAGGAAGACAGACAGCCCUUUUUAACAAAAACUUGGCUUUUUGGAGAAAUUUUUAUAAAAAAAUAUAAAAUUUCGAGCAAAUAACUGAAAAUUGUAUGAAAAAAAAACUUGACAUUUGAGAAAAAAAAAAACAAGUACUUACUACAUAUUACUCCAAAUCAAGGACAUUAAAUAUCCAAAAGACCAUUUAACAUCGCUGUCAAAAUCAAAAGCUGAGUCACGCAGUCUUGUUUGUUUGUUGGUAUAAUACGUACAUGUCUGUAUGUAUGUAAGUACGUAAGGAAGUUUGUGUGUAUGUUUUGCUAGAAAAAAAGUACAUAUGUGAGAAACAAAAGAAAAAAAAUAAUAUUGCAGCAGCAGAGAGCCAAAAAAAAAGAACUAAACUGAAUGAAGUUUUAUAAUAAAACAUAAUAAUAAAACAACAACAACAACAAAACCUUAUAAUACACGCCAAUAAAGCAAAAACAACAAACACGCGACUUUAAAUAAAGUUCAUAAACAUACACACACGAAAAUACUUUCAAUCAAUUCUACAUACGUGUACGUACAUACAUACGUACAACAAGAACACUUUUAUAUUGCAAAAAUACAGUUGUGCAAAUACAAUUACAACAAUAAUAAUAAUAAUAAAAAACUGCAAUAAGAACAAGAACAACAACACCUUUUACACAUAAACAAACAAAAAACCAUUAAACUCACCAUACCCAUAGUGCAGAACAACAAGCAGACCGAAAGAGUGCGGCAGCAACAGCAAAACAAUAAAAACAAGUGAAAAUAACAUUUAACUCGUACAACAAUUUUGGGUCAGGCCAAUUGGAGGUGCUCCGGGGGGAGUUAUAAACAAAAUUGUUAAAUUGUCUCAACAAAAUUGAAAAGAAAACAAAACAAUAAUUUCCUUAACAACUUGGAAAAGAAUCCUUAAAAAGGUUUUAUCCUUAAAAAAAAUAUAUAAAAGAAAUCUAUUUAUUUACUCAUUUACCAAAGCCUCCCGUCAUCUCCAGCUUAGUAGGCCGUCAAUACCCGUGUUUUAAAUACUAACAAAAUCUUUUUAAAAAUUUAAAAUUAUAUUUUAAAAAAAAAUUCAAAAUCUGUGAUUUAAAUUAUUAAAAAAAAUAAAAAUAUAUAUUUUUUAAUACGGCACCUUUAAAAUUAAAGAAAUAAAUUAAAAAAAAAUAUUUUACUAUUUUUUUUUGUCACCAAUUUUGUGCACUUUUUAUAAAAAUUACACUAAUUAUUAUAAAAAAAUAAUAAAACAACUUAAUUUAAUUAUUUAAACAAAAUAACCAAACUACAACUCCUAAAACAAAAACUAAAACACUAGUUUUUUAAAUCUUCUUCUCGUUCGUGGGAUUUAUAAAAAAAAGUAUUUUAAAUGGAAAUCAUUCCUGAAGGCAGACACUUCCGUUUGGUGCAAGAAUCUGAGCUUCCCGAAAUAUUGGAUUAUUUAGAACGUUUUUUUCCGGAAUCACUAAAGUUUCAUCAAACAAUACGAACGUACCUGAAUGAUCGUGUUUGGGAAUUUAAAUUUUAUGUUUCAAAAGAUUGGCCCGAAAAACCAAUACUGUUACACUUUCCAGGAUGCACGCUAACGCCCAACAACAAUAUAUACCAAAGCUUUGGCAUAUUCUGCCCAUCCGAACAAAUCGAACAUGUGGAUCUAAUGCGUACCGAAGACAUACUGAUCGAUUGGCAACAACCAUUGUACCUGAAUUUUACGCACAUUGCUAUUAUGAAUCGCCUGGAUGAUUUUUACAAAGAAAUGGGCAUCAUGGAACGGCUUGAGGGUGAUAUUUAUGUGUGUAAUAAAUUAAAUACGGAUUUGGAAUUCGAUGAAUUACCCGAUAAUGCGUACAUGCGCCAAUUGACCGUGGAUGAUGUUAAACAUAUUCACGAUUUAUAUCCGGCCAAUGAGAUUGAAUGUGUCGAUGUAUUCGAGAUACUGGUUAAAGUGCUGCCCGGUUUGGGUAUAUUUCGAAAAGAUACAAAUGAAUUGGCCGCAUGGAUGGUACAUUCAUAUUAUGGUGCAAUGUUUUCAAUGCAAACACGUCCAGAUUAUAGACGAUUAGGUUAUGGCAUACGCUUAGCUAUUGCUUUGACUAAUAAAGUUAUCGAACGCGGCUACAAACCAUUCGUUGUGAUACGUCCACAAAAUGAUGCUUCUCGUAAUCUCUAUACUAAAUUAGGUUUCGAAAAAGCUUACGAAACAUGCCGAGUCAAAAUGACACCACAUCCUAUUAAAACAAACGGUGCCCCUGAGCCCUCGGCUCCCGAACUAGACGCCGCUGCUGAUUUAGAAGCCAACAAAGAGAAUCAACCCAUUGAUGAGGGCAUCGAGGAUAUGCUAGCUGAAAAGUGUGAUAUUAAAGCUGAUGAUGAUGAUGAUGCUGCAGCAGCUGCCCGGGGUCAAGAUAAAAAGGCCACUACAGCUGAUGAAGGUAUAGGUGAUGAUAAAUAGAUGAUAGUUAGUUGUAGUUUUUUUAAAACCGUAGACCGGAAGUAAAAAAAAUGAGAGACACAGCCAGGAGAAUAAAACUUUUGAACAUUUUUAAUAAAAAAAAAGAAUCUUAAACAAAAAGUAGUGAUGAAUAGUUGAAAAAAUAAAAUUAAAAAGAUAAACAAAUAAAUUAUUAUAUAAAAACAACAAAAACAAAACUAUACAUAUAUAUUAUAUAUAAAUGAAAUGCUCUAUUAAGUUUAUUAUAUAAAGAAAACAAAUGGAAGAAAUAAAUAUAUAUUAAAAACAUAAGAAAAACCAAACAAACAAGAAAAAAAAACAUAAAAAUUACUUCUAAAAGAGAAAUGAUAAAAGGAUUUUACUGGCAUAGAAACGACUUUUUGAUUACAGAUUUUUUCGCUUGAAAACUCUGCUUUUACUUCAAGAUAAUAUUAAACAAAAACAAACAAAGAAAAAAACUCUCCCUUUAAUAAAACUAAGAAAAUAUAAAAAUAUAUUUUUUUACAAUUUUAUUUCAGUUUUUGAAAGUAUUUAAAAGUCCCCCAAAUAAAAUUUUUCUUAAAAGCAGCUAUUGAAAUCAGUGUAAUUUAGUUUCUUUACAUUUCCUUAAAGGAAUCUAGUCCUAUGUUCUGAAAAAAACAAAAACUUAUAAAAUUGCUGUUAGUUUUUAAAGUUGUUCAUAACGAUUACACUCCUUUCAAUAACUGCUCAUUACACAAAUGGCAAACUAACAAUUAAAAACAAUUCUUUCCAUAUUAGGUUUUUUUUAAACAAUUUAAGCUAAAACAAUAAAACAUUUAAAAAGCAUAUAUUUAAUAAUUAUUAAUUCUACGUUUUAGUAUAACAAACACUUCUCUUAAAACCAAACACUCUCAUUAAGUUAACAUACUUUUAAAGGCAUGCUGUAAGAAAACUAUUACUAGUAAAAGAAAGAAAUUAUCAUCAUCUAAUACCGCCAGACAUUUCAUUAGCUAAAACUAAAAAAAAAAACUUUUAUUUUUAAAAAUUAGACACAUUU